UUUGUCGCCCAGCUGCUGGGGCUCCUGAUCAGUGUGGUCAGCUCCAUCUUCUGUGGCCACCUGGGCAAAGCUGAGCUGGAUGCUGUGACGCUGGCCGUGUCGGUUAUCAAUGUAACAGGCAUCUCCAUUGGCUCUGGUUUAGCCUCAGCAUGUGACACGCUGAUGUCCCAGACAUAUGGUGGCAAGAACCUGAAGCAGGUGGGCACCAUCCUGCAGCGGGGGAUCCUCAUCCUGCUGCUGUGCUGCUUCCCUUGCUGGGCGCUCUUCAUCAACACCGAGCAGAUCCUCCUGCUCAUCCGACAGGACCCCGAGGUCUCCAGGUUAACUCAGGUCUAUGUGAUGAUCUUUAUUCCAGCACUUCCUGCGGCCUUUCUCUACCAGCUGCAGACAAGAUAUUUGCUAAGUCAGGCAAUCAUUUUGCCUCAAGUGUUGACAGGGAUUGCAGCCAACAUCCUCAACGUGGCCAUGAACGCCUUCUUCCUGUAUGCACUGAAGCUGGGCAUGGUGGGCUCUGCCUGGGCUAACACCAUUUCUCAGUACACCCAGGCCAUUCUCCUCUUCCUUUAUGUGUGGUGGAAGAAGAUCCAUGUGGAGACCUGGGGAGGUUGGACCAGGGACUGCCUCCUGGACUGGGGCUCCUUUAUCCAUCUGGCAGUGCCUGGCAUGCUCAUGAUGUGUAUUGAAUGGUGGACCUUUGAGAUUGGGAGCUUCCUGGCAGGGCUGCUCAGCGUGGUGGAGCUGGGUGCUCAGUCUGUCAUCUAUGAGAUCUCCAGUGUAGCAUACAUGGUGCCUGCGGGCUUCAGCGUGGCAGCAGGUGUCAGAGUGGGCAAUGCCUUGGGGUCGGGGGAUGCCCUGCAAGCCAAGACCUCCUGCAUCACUGCCCUGCUGUGCACAGGAGUUUUUGCUGUGGUGGUUACAAUAUUACUAGGAACCCUAAAGGACGUGGUGGGAUACAUCUUCACCAACGACAAGGAGAUCAUUGUCUUGGUGUCCAAAGUGAUGAUCAUCUUUGCCCCUUUCCACUUGUUUGAUGCAACAGCAGCGACCUGUGGCGGGGUGCUGCGGGGCACGGGGAAGCAGAAGAUGGGUGCUGUGGCUAAUGCCAUUGGCUACUACGCCCUCGGCCUGCCCAUUGGCCUCUCGCUGAUGUUUGCAGCUCGGAUGGGGGUGUUGGGUCUGUGGGUGGGGAUGAUCGUUUGUGUCUCCUUGCAAGCCCUUUCCUUCUUGGCUUUUGUCCUGCGCAUGGACUGGAAGAAAGCUGCAGGAGAGGCUCAAGUCCGCGCUGGACUGAAAAAACAAGUGGAAGAUGUGAACUCCAAUGGCACGGCCACUACCAAAACAUCUGCUGUGGAUUACGUCUCCGUGGACACAGACACCGUGGACACUGUGGUCCUGCCCGAGAGCAUCGCCGCAGGCGAGAAGCCCCCUGAGCAGCAGCUCAUGUCCCAGGAGGAGCUCUCUGUGCUGGCUGCUGCUCCUGCUGGGCUGGGGAGGGCUCUGAUCGCCCGCCGUGUGCUGGCUGCUGCCAUGGCCGUGGCUGUGCUGCUGGUGGGCGUCCUGGUCCGGCUCCUCACCGGCAACGGCUAG